UGGAAAUAGAAAAGGAAAAUCGAGUAAAUGGUCCAUAUAUGCAGACCGUGAAGAUUGCAGACACCCAAGGGACUAAGUUAGCUACCUGUACCAUCUUAUAGUUUCAUGCCAUAACUCCUUGUGAACCAACGCGUUAGAUCCUUCACCAAACGUUUUCUAAGCCAAGCAAUUGCAGCCAUCUACUUAUACAUAAACCCCCAUAUCCACCACAGCUUCUUCAUCAGGUCCCUUUAUUGAUCUCUUUCCCUUUCUAGCUUAGAAGCCAAUAAUGGAGGUAGCAACGGUUUCUGAGGAUAAAAAGCAUUCAUCAUCUCAGUCAGGUGAAGAGAUGGAUUCUCGUCAUCCUCGUCCUCUCUUGAUUCGAAGGAAGUCGAUGGAGCUAGUGGUUUCCGGGAGUAAAGAGCCCUUACCUUCAGGCUCACGUCAAGAGUUUGGCUCUAGCUCUCCUCGGUCUCUUAUGGAUCAAAAGAAGGUGAUAGAGGUGAGAGUCUCCGGUGGUGGGAAAAAGAGUUUACCCUCACACCCGAGACUAGAGGUUGAUUCUCGUCUUCGUCCAAAAUCAAUGGAGUUGAGAUCUUCUGACCGUAAAGAGCAUUUACUGUCACAACCGCGGCGAGAGGUUGAACCCAGUGAGGUUAAGUCAUCAAGGCGUGUGUGGGAUUGUGGAAGCUCGCUGUACGACUCGUUCGAGCUCAACUCGUUCAAACGUGAACUCGACUCUGCCAUAUCAUGUAGAACCAUGUCAAUGCCUCACCUUUCUGAUCGCCGAGCUCCGCUGCCGAAGCAACCGCAACCCGCCGUAGUUGCAAAGAAACCCUCAAAAUUCUCUAGAUCGAUUAACAAGCUCCUCCGCUCUGUUUUCAAGCCAAAGACAAGUUCCGGUCCCGUUUUUAGAUUGGAAGAGCAGUCUAAGAAAACUAGGGACGGAUUUCACGUGGUUUAUGACAAGUCCGGUGCACUUACAACCAUUCCUGAAGUAGUUCCUCAUGAAUGCAGCGGUUUCUCGCCGGAGAUUGGGUCUUUGGUGAGGAGGACAGGGUCCGAAAGGUUCACAAGUACUGCUUCAAUUGGUAUUUCAUGUGCCUAAAUGCUAAUUAAGUGUCAUUAUAAUUGAAUAUCAGACUUUUGCAUUUAUGAAUGGGUAAUCAGAAAGAUAAUCCUAUAUAAGUAUAUAUAUAAUUAUAUAUAUGUUAAUGGGAAAAAUUAUUAUAUGUACCCGUAGAGUAUUACUUUGUUUUAUUUAUUCGUAUAUGAAAAUGUAAUUAGGAGAUUGAUGCCACUAGUUGAUAUUAUCAUUGCAAUAUUAGGGUUUUCAGAACCUUUAAUUGACUAUCUCCAUUAUUCGUAUUCUGUGCUUUGUAUCAUACAGUAGUCUGGUCAAUAUAUGUGCCCUGGUCAAUUUCUUGGUCCGGGGAGUAAGGGCCUGUAUAAUUUUAUGUAAAUCUUUCUAGCUG